UGAACCAAUCUAAAAAGCAAAUUAUUAUGGUGGUGUAAAAGUCGCUGGACUUUAAACAACCUUUAAUUUUGCUGGCUCAUUACGAAGAUUUUAUAUAAGUUUGGAUCGAUCAAAGUUUUUAGUUUUUAGCUUACUUUAAGUAACUCUAAAUUUGACAUAAUGAGAGGACCAGACGAAUUACGUUUUGACGGUCGAGUAGUUAUAGUAACUGGAGCUGGAGCAGGUUUAGGUCGUGCAUAUGCUUUGCUUUUUGCUUCAAGAGGUGCCAGUGUUGUUAUAAAUGAUUUAGGUGGAAGUAGACAUGGUGAUGGAAGCAAUAGUAAAAUUGCAGAUACAGUUGUCAAUGAAAUUAAAAGGAAUGGUGGAAAAGCAGUGGCCAAUUAUGAUUCUGUUCUUGAUGGUGCAAAAAUUGUCAAAACAGCUAUUGAUGCAUUUGGACGGAUAGAUAUAAUUGUUAAUAAUGCUGGAAUUUUAAGAGACAAAUCUUUUGCUAAAAUGUCAGAUACUGAUUGGGAUCUGGUACAAGGUGUUCAUGUAAAAGGAGCUUUUAAAACAACUCAAGCUGCUUGGCCCUAUUUUACUAAACAAAAUUAUGGCAGAAUAAUAAUAACAGCAAGUAACAGUGGCUUAUAUGGAAACUUUGGUCAAGCCAAUUAUAGUGCUGCAAAAAUGGGUCUUAUUGGCUUGGCUAAUACAUUAGCUAUUGAAGGCAGAAAAAGAAAUAUACAUACUAAUGUAAUAAUACCAACAGCUGCUUCUCGUUUAACAGAAGAUAUAUUACCACCAGAAUUCUUUGAGCAGUUAAAACCUGAACUAAUAGCCCCUGUAGUUGUUUGGCUUUGUCAUGAAAAAUGUAUAGAAAAUGGAUCCAUUAUUGAAUCUGCAUUAGGUUGGGCAGGAAAAUGUCAUGUAAUUCGUUCAUCAGGAUCUGUAUUAAGACAAAAUUUGUCAAAUGAAGUCACCCCUGAAGAUGUUGAAAAAAGAUGGUCGGCUAUUACUGAUAUGUCAGCUGCUAAACAUUUUGAUUCUAUUGAAGAAGUAACAGGACAACUUAUGGGUGCAGCUGAAGCAAUGAAGUCUGAAAAUUCUGCAAAUUCUGAUUCACAGGACGAUGGUAUUCUUAGACAUACUUACAACGAUCGGGAUACCAUAUUAUAUGCAUUAGGAGUUGGCGCUUCUGUUCAAACACCAGCUGAUUUUCGUUAUUUGUAUGAAAAUGAUAGUAAUUUUGCUGUAUUACCUACAUAUUAUGUUAUUUAUGCCCCAAUGUAUUGUAUGGAAUCUUCUAUAUUUGACAAAUACUUACCAAAUAUUGAAGUGAAUCCAAUGAAGAUAUUACAUGGAGAGCAAUAUAUUGAAGUUCAUAAACAAUUACCACGAGAAGCUACAGUUGAGACACGUUUCAAAGUUGUGGAUGUAUUGGAUAAGAGGAAGGGUGCCUUAGUUGUGGUGCAACAUGAAACAUUUGAUACCAGUAAUGGAGAUAAAUUAUCUACAGGACAAAUGAUAGCAUUUAUAAUAGGAGCUGGUAAUUUGCAAGGAAAACGAACAUCUUCAAAUAUUAUACCAAUUAUCGAUCCUCCGAGUCGUCAGCCAGAUGCAUCGAUGAAACAACAAACAAAUUACGAUCAGGCUGCAUUAUAUAGAUUAAGUGGCGACAGAAAUCCUUUGCACAUUGAUUCAAAUAUAUCAAUAAUGGGAGGCUUUAAACAACCAAUUCUACAUGGAUUAUGUUCUCUUGGAUUUUCUGUUCGUCAUGUUCUUCAAACUUACGCUGGCGGUGAUCCAAGCCUAUUUAAGGCUGUAAAGACUCGUUUUGCAAGAACAGUAAUUCCAGGACAGACAUUGCGAACAGAUAUGUGGCAAGAAGGAAAUAGAAUACAUUUCCAAACAUAUGUUGUAGGAGAAAAUUCGCCAGUUUUAACAGGUGGUUAUGUCGAUUUAAAACGCACAAUAUCCAUGGAGCCAACAGUGAAUCUUGUAUCUGGCAGUGAGCCUCUUGAAAGUGAUGCAGUUUUUAAAACAAUUGGUGAAUAUGUAAAAGCAAAUCCAGAACAAGUGAAGAAAAUAAAUGGAGUAUUUCUUUAUCAUAUUUUAGUGAAAGAGCAACCUAAAGCAAUAUGGACUCUAGAUUUGAAAAAACCUGAAGUAUAUAAAGGAAAACCGAAAUCAGGCACAGCUGAUGCAACAUUAACUCUUGAAGAUACUGAUAUGAUGCAAAUGGCUUUAGGUAAAUUAAAUCCACAAAUGGCAUUUAUGCGAGGAAAGCUAAAGAUUUCUGGAAAUAUUAUGCUUACUCAAAAAUUAAAAACACUUAUAGAAGCUGGUAAAUCAAAACUGUAGUAUUAAAAAUAUUGUUGAAUUACAGUCGAAUUUGUUAUUAAAUAUUUUUAUAGCAGUUUUUAUUUACUUUGGAUAUUAGUAGCAUGGCUAGGGGCAAAACAGGACUUAAAUAUU